GUGAUCAAAUUGCCACUAUUAAUCGUAUUAAUGUUCUGUUAAAUAAUAGUAUUUCUGUAGCGAAAAGCAAACAGUACGGAAAGAUAACUUCAAACACCUAGUUUUCAUAUUUUUGUGUUAAAGUAAUAACAUAUUUUGGUAUACAUUAUCAUUUUUUGUUUUUGUUUUUGCUUUUUCUGACCUGGUGUGUUACUGCCCUGGAUUGGCCCUCUAAGAAGCUGGCCACCUACUUCGGGCCUCAGGUGUCAGUCGCCCCCCGACUCCCCAAAAUCACCCAGCUUGGAGGUCUACAGCUUCCAGCUCUGCGAGCGCCUGCGCCUGCGCACUCUCAGCCGGACGGGAGCUCCCAGAAGUCUCCGGGCGCCGGUGGGAGGACUUGUGGACUGCGCCGCGCAUGCUCGGCGGUGUGACGGCCCCGGACUACAUUUCCCACAGGCUACUGCGAUUCGGCGAAUGUAGCCUGAAACUACAUUUCUCAGCUGCUCCUGGAACGACCUCAUUCUACCUCCUCGCCAGUUCAUUGUGGUCGUUGACCUGGCAGCGACCUUUGGAGUUCUGCGAGGUAGAAGUCAGCGCCCGGCUCAGAGAGUUUGAACUUCUCAGAUAGAGGAACCCCAGUGAAGACUGAUCAGUUCCUAGAGUUCUCAAAGCAUGGCCCACAAAUAUGUGGGUUUGCAGUUUCAGGGAUCAGUGACAUUUGAGGAUGUGGCCAUAGCCUUCUCCCAGCAGGAGUGGGAGAGUCUGGACUCUUCCCAGAGGGGCUUGUACAGAGAUGUGAUGUUGGAAAACUACAGGAACUUGGUGUCAAUGGGACAUUCCCUUUCUAAACCACAUGUGAUCGCCUUAUUGGAACGAUGGAAAGAGCCUAAGGUGACAGAGAGGAAAGAUGGAAGAAGGUGGUGCACAGGAUAAGAAAGCUCCAGUCUACAAACAAAACAUGCCAGAAGAUUUUUAGGCAAUGAUGCCACGUGCACAUGGAACCAAAAGAUUUGCAGUUGGAAGAUGAUACAAUUGGCCGUAAAGAAAUGCUCCCUUCUGAAAACUGUCCAUCUUUUGCCCCACAUCAGAAAAUUAGUAGACAGAAACCACGUGAAUGUCGGGAAUAUGGAAAGACUCUUUGUCAAGACUCAAAGCCUGUUCAACAUGAAAGAAUACAUAGUAGUGAAAAACCCAACAGAUGUAAAGAAUGUGGGAAGAACUUUAGUAAUGGACAUCAACUCACCAUACAUCAGAGAUUGUAUGUUGAUGAGAAACCCUACAAAUGUGAGAAAUGUGGGAAGGCCUUUAUCAGAGGUUCAGCCUUUGUUAAGCAUAGGAGAAUUCACACUGGUGAGAAGUCACUCAAAUGUAAGCGAUGUGAAAAGACUUUUAGCGGUAACUAUCAACUUACAGUACAUGAGAGUAUUCAUACUGGGAAGAAACCAUAUGAGUGUGGAGAAUGUGGGAAAGCUUUUCUAGCAUAUGGAAAGCUUACCCGGCAUCAGAGUAUUCACACUGGUGAAAAACCCUUUGUGUGUGAGGAGUGUGGGAAGGCCUUCAGUACCUUUUCAUACCUGAUUCAACAUCAGCGAAUUCAUACUGGUGAAAAACCCUAUGAAUGCAAAGAAUGUGGGAAGGCCUUUAGUACUAGCUCACCCCUUGCUAAGCAUCAGAGAAUUCAUACCGGCGAGAAACCCUAUGAAUGUAAGGAGUGUGGGAAGGCUUUCACUGUGUAUGGACAGCUUACUCGACAUCAGAGUAUUCAUACUGGUGAGAAGCCUUUUGAAUGUAAGGAAUGUGGAAAGGCCUUUAGACUUAGUUCCUUCCUUCAUGCACAUCAGCGAAUUCACGCAGGGAUAAAGCCCUAUGGAUGCAAGGAAUGUGGGAAGACCUUCAGUCGUGCCUCGUAUCUUGUUCAACAUGGAAGACUUCACACUGGCGAGAAGCCCUAUGAAUGUAAGGAGUGUGGCAAGGCCUUUAGUACUGGCUCAUACCUUGUUCAGCAUCAGAGGAUUCAUACUGGGGAGAAACCCCAUGAAUGUAAGGAAUGUGGGAAAGCCUUUAUUAGUCGCCAUCAGCUUACUGUACAUCAAAGGGUUCAUACUGGAGAGAAACCCUAUGAGUGUAAGGAAUGUGGCAAGGCCUUCAGAGUGCACGUACAUCUCACACAGCAUCGGAAAAUUCAUACUGAUGUAAAGCCCUACGAAUGUAAGGAAUGUGGAAAGACUUUUAGUCGAGCCUCGUACCUUGUACAACAUGGCAGAAUCCAUACUGGUAAGAAGCCCUAUGAGUGUAAGGAGUGUGGCAAGGCCUUCAGUUCUGGCUCAUACCUUGUUCAGCAUCAAAGAAUUCAUACUGGGGAGAAACCCUAUGAAUGUAACAAAUGUGGGAAAGCCUUUACCGUUUAUGGACAACUUAUUGGACAUCAGAGUGUUCACACUGGUGAGAAACCUUUUGAAUGUAAGGAAUGUGGGAAGGCAUUUAGACUUAAUUCAUUCCUUACCGAACAUCAGCGGGUACACACUGGUGAGAAACCCUUUAAAUGUAAAAUAUGUGGGAAGACCUUUAGAUACAGUUCAGCCCUUAAAGUGCAUCUGAGAAAGCAUAUGGGUGUUAUACCCUAAGAGUUUGAGGAAUGUGGGAAGUACUUCGUGUAUGGCUCAAACAUUGUUGAACAUCAGGGAAUUUAUGCUGGUAGGAAACCUUCAAAUGUGAAGAAUAUUGGUAGGCCUAUUCUCAUCUUUCUUAUAAUUCAUCAUAUAAUUCAGAAAACAUAAGAAUCUUCAUUUAAUUUUUAAUCUUUAAUUUACCAUUAAAAGACUUUAAGGCCAGGUGCGGUGGCUCACGCCUAUAAUCCCAGCACUUUGGGAGGCUGAGGCGGGUGGAUCACCUGAGGUAGGGAGUUUGAGACCAAUAUGGAGAAAUGCUGUCUCUACUAAAAAUACAAAAUUAGCCGGGUGUGGUGGUGCAUGCCUGUAAUCCCAGCUACUCAGGAGGCUGAGGCAGGAGAAUCACUUGAACCUGGGAGGCGGAGGUUGCGGUGAGCCGAGACCAUGCCAUUGCAUUCCAGCCUGGGCAACAAAACUGAAACUCUGUCUCAAAAAAAAAAAAAAAGACUUUAAAACAAGGUAAAAUGUGAUUGUAGCAGGUAAACUCUAAAAAGAACCCCAAAUCUCUACUUCCUGGAAUUCUUACCCUUGGGUACCCCUCGCACAUUUUACAAAGGUUGAUCUGUAAAGCCCACAUAAAACAGAAAAAGUGAGGACAUAUAACUUCCAAUUUUAGGUUAUCAAGGACACUGGUCUCCUUCUUGGGAAGACUCUCCUACUCUUGGAUCACUUUCUGUGUUUGAAAGAAUCCAUGUGAUGAGCAUCCCUAUGGAGAGACCCAUGUGGCAAGGAACUAAAACUUCCUGUCAACUGCCAUGGAAAAGAGAUUAGAAUUGAAUCUUCCAGCCUUUAGCAAGUCUCCCAAGACUGUAGCUCCAGAGACAGCUUAACUGCAAUUUCAUGGGGGAUUCUCAACCCAGACCUACCUAAGCUGCCCCCAGAUUAAUGUAAUAUUCUAAAAUAUGUAAACAAAUGUAGAGUGACAGAAAGCAGAUCAGUGGUUUCCUAAAGAUGAGUAGGUGGGUAAGGAGGAAGAGAUUACAGAGGGCCCAAGAAAACCUUAAUUUCAUGGCUAUAAACAUGUACCAAAACUUGUACAUGUUAAAUAUGUGUAGUUUAAACUUCAAUAAAGCUGUUUUUCUUUUAAAAAAAAAAAAAAAACCUUUAAAAAUCCUCAUUUCCUAAUUAUUUUACUAUUUUCUAUGCUUUAGAGGUUAUUUACAUUUAUUGCAUCUAUUCAGUGGAAACAGAAUACAAUGGUGUGCUAUUGCACGUGUCUUCCCAACUCCAUAUUCAGAGACAUUGUGUUGUAGCUUGAAAUUGGCCAAGACAGAAGUAUUUACACCUAGGGUAUUGGUAAACACUACAAACCAGAACUUGAUCUGUUGUUUUAUUGGCCAUGUAGACUUAAAAAAGUAAAGAAUAUGUUAAUCAUUCAGAUUAAACUUAAAAGUGUUUCAUGUCUCUAGUUUUCCACUGUGAACAGCAUAAAAUUUUGAGGAAAUAUUCUUCCAAUAUUCAAAAUUACCCUAUAAAACAAAUAAAUCACUGUAGUUACUUAUCGAUGAAUAACUGCAGUUCCAAAAAAUGUCUUUACUAGUUCAAUAUCAACUAAUAUUUACUUUUAAAAUAGGCAAGAGAUAUGAGUAGACAUUUUACCAUAGAAGUUAUAUGGGUGGCAAAUAAAAACAUGAUUUAAAAUAUGCUCAAAAUCAUAAACCCUUAGAGAAAUGCAAGUUAAAACUACAAUGAGGUAUUAUUACUCCAUCCCUAGUAGCAUUAUGAACAUUAAAAACACAGAUCAUAGCAAUUGUUGGUGAUUAUGUGACAAAACUGGAACUCUUGCUCACAAUCGGGGAUGCAAUUUCAUGGGGAAUUAUACCAUUUAUGCCAAUAAAUCUGGUAAAUAAAAUUAAAUGAACAAACUCUCUUUGAAGACACAAACCACUAAAGUUCAUUUAAGAAAAAUAAAUGUAUAUCCCUAUAUUUAUUUUUAAAUUUUUAAUAUUUAAUAUUUUAAUAAAUUUUAAAUAAAUAUACAUCCCUAUAUUUAUUUUAAAUUUUACAUCCCAGGGGAUGUAAAAUGGCAUAACAAUUUUAGAACACAAUUUGGCAGUUUCCUAAAAUGUAAAAUAUUCACCUACCCUGCAACAAAGGCAUUGCACUUUUAGAUAAUAACACAAGAGAAGAGAAAGAAUAUUUCCACACAAAGACCUAUAUACUAAUGGUUACAGUAGCUUAAUUUGUAACAGACAAAAACCCACAUGCAACUAAUAGAAGAAAAGGUGGGAGUGCCAGAGGAAAGAGAGAAACAAGGAGGAAGAGGGACUUUUUAAGAAAUGGCCAAAACUACCCAAAUUUGAUGAAAGACUUUUUUUUUUGUACCCACACUACACAGAUGUAAAAAGACAUAAAUAUAAACACCCAAGAAGCUCAAUGAGCUCCAAAAAGGAUGAAUUCAAAGAGACUCAUGCUGAGACACAUUAUAAUCAAACUGUCAGACAGAGACAUAAAGAAAAUACUGAAAGCAGCAAAAAAGAAGUGACUCAUUACAUUCAAGGGAUACUCACUAAGAUUAUCAGAUUUAUCAUCAGAAACCUUAGAGGGCAGAAGGCAGAAGGCAGUGGGCUGACAUGUUCAAAGUGCUAAAAGAAAAGAACUGACAACCAAGACUCCUAAAUCUGACAAAACUAUCCACCAAAACUGAGGGAGAAGUGAAGACCUUCCCAAUUGAGGGAAUGUGUUACCAAGAGAACUGCUCUGCAAGAAAUGCUAAAGGGAGACCUUUCAGUUGAAAUGAAAGGACAUUAGACAAUAACUCAGUGCCAUGAGAAGAAAUAAGGAUCCCUAGUAAAGGCAACUACCUGGGAAAAUUUUAAAGUUCAUAUUAUUGUAACUUUGGUUUGUACUCCACUUUUUGUUUUUUAUGUGAUUUAAGAGAUGAUGCAUUAAAAAAUUAUUAAUCUAUGUUUUUGGA